UGCGUUCUACUGACACGGACUGUGUGAACAAUCUCCGGAUGGAUCGUAACUGCUUUGGACGGUUGUGCUUGCUUCUACGUGAGCGCAUGGGUCUGGGCGAUCGGAAAUAUGUAAGCUUGGAAGAGCAAGUGUCUAUGCUCUUGAGCCUCCUCGCUCAUCACAAAAAGAAUCGGAUAGUAGGGUAUGAUUUUAUACGAUCUGGUCAGACCGUUUCUCGAUAUAUUCAUGAGGUGUUGAGAGGGGUGAUUGGACUUCAUGAGGUAUUCAUGUCUAAACCCACGCCCGUGGACGAGAAUUGCGACGAUCCCCGUUGGAAAUGGUUCAAGGGCUGUCUAGGGGCAUUGGAUGGAACAUAUAUCGACGUCCGUGUGAGUGUUGGGGAUGCACCGCGGUACAGAACACGAAAGGGCCACAUCGCCACCAAUACUUUGGCUGUCUGUGAUCGGUUUAUGCGAUUUGUCUACGUCCUACCUGGGUGGGAGGGAUCAGCCGCUGAUGCUCGUGUUCUACGUGAUGCUGUCACACGAGAAGUUGACAAUCUACGCGUCCCUAAAGACUGCUAUUACUUGUGCGAUAAUGGAUAUGCAAACAGCGAAGGAUUCCUCACACCAUUCAAAGGUGUGCGGUAUCACUUGAAGGAGUGGGGACCUGCUGCGCAUAAGCCCCAAAACCCUCAAGAAUUGUUUAACAUGAGGCACACCAUGGCGCGGAAUAUCAUCGAACGUGCUUUUGCGGUUCUGAAGAUGAGGUGGGGGAUAUUACGUAGUGCCAGCUUCUACCCGAUCGAAACACAAACGCGCCUCAUAAUGGCAUGCUUCAUUCUGCAUAAUUUCAUUCGAAGCCAAAUGCAAGUUGAUCCAGUGGAGUUGGAACUAGGUGAUGCAACUGUGGACCUUGAGGACCUUGAUCACGCAAAUGGGGACAUUUCAGCCGGGCCGGCAAGAGAUGGUCGGGAAUAUGUUGAUGCAGUUGAAUCUACCCCAGCAUGGAACCAGACCCGGACCGAGAUAGCUGAGUUUAUGUGGAAUAAUGCGCAACUCAGGCAGUAGUUUAUGACAAUGCAUACUUGUUUAAUUGUUUUUAACUUCAUACUCUUUCAU